AUGUUUGCUUAUUUCCUUCUCUCAUUAUUAAUUUUACCUAUGUUUAAUGCCCAACGUCUUCAGACUGAAUUCAAAAAUAAUGAUGAAUUGCUGACAGAACGCUCGGUAGCAGCUAAUUAUUUGUCUGGUUUACCAAUAAGACAAUAUCAAGAUCAAUUAUUUGAUUCACCAAUUGAUAGUUUAUCAUUAUUACUAAUACCAAAUAGACACAAUCAACAACAACAACAACGUGCAAAACGGAUCUAUUGGGAGAAUCUUGCAUUUCAUGCAGCUGAUUAUAAUCAAAAACCCAAAAAGGUCUAA